AUCGCACUUUUCGCAUUACCCAAUUUUCUUCUCUAACUAAAAUUAGGGUUAGCGAUUUCACAAACACCGUUUCCAAAUUCUCAUCCAAACCCUAAUCAAUCACGAUCACGAUGUCUUCAACAAGAAAGAUCACUCUCAAGAGUUCCGAUGGCGAGACCUUCGAGGUCGAUGAAGCUGUUGCUUUGGAAUCUCAGACGAUCAAGCAUAUGAUCGAAGAUGAUUGCGCUGACAGUGGAAUCCCUCUUCCCAACGUUACCAGUAAGAUCUUGGCGAAGGUGAUUGAGUAUUGCAAGAAGCAUGUUGAGGCUGCUGCUGCUGAAGAGAAGCCUUCUGAGGAUGAGAUUAAGAGCUGGGAUGGUGAGUUUGUUAAGGUUGACCAGGCUACGCUUUUCGAUCUCAUCUUGGCUGCUAACUACUUGAAUAUCAAGAGCUUGCUGGAUCUUACCUGCCAAACUGUUGCAGACAUGAUCAAGGGAAAAACACCAGAGGAGAUCCGCAAGACAUUCAACAUCAAGAAUGACUUCUCACCUGAGGAAGAGGAGGAAGUUCGUAGGGAAAACCAAUGGGCAUUUGAAUGAUGCUCUUCAACUAAAAUUUGCAUUGUGGAUUUAUGCUGUUUGUUUUAUUCAUCAAAGUUCCGCAAUGUAGAUCAAUGCUAUAUAUGCUAAGUACUUGUUUAUCUUCUGGAUUAUUUUGUGCUGAGUGUUGACUAUGUUUCACUGGACAGCGUUUAUCUUACUGCUUGAACUUAAGUGCGGUCUGAAAUGUAAGUAAUAGUAGUUGUUUAUGAUGAUUGAUGAGCUAAUGUGUUGGUUUGGCAUGA